UCAUGUCACGCUAAAGAUGUUACGAUAUUUUUUACUAAGUUUCUUAUUUUAUGUUCACUUAUCGUUUUGUUAUGAUUAUAUAAAUAAUGAAUCAAGGAAUUUUAGACUAAAGGGUAAUCAUAGACACGACAUCGUGAGCCAUUAUAAAAAGUUAAAAACGCAAAAGAGAAACUUGUACAAGAAACGCUACGAGUUGCCUUUGGACAACAACGAGCCGGUGGCGCAGUUCGACGUGGCCAGUUUCAUACAGAACUCCGCCAACAAGAAGCUGCACAAGCUGCAGUACGGCGACGGAAAGCGGAAAGACUACAGAAAAUUUAGUUCAAAUGAUUAUAUGGAUUAUGAAAAUCUUAAAAACCUUAUGGAUCAAAACUCAGGUGACGACAGACGUGAUAGUUGGACGGACUAUCUUAACAUAGAGGACAGCGACGUAGCCAAAGUGACGGAGGCUGUGAAGGCGUCAGACGAGCUGGCCAAUCAAAAGGAAUUCGAUUACGACUUCGCAUCUCUGGCCGAAUGUAAGAAAGACAACUCGGCGAGUAAUCAAGACUAUCAACACAAAAACAAUUAUCACAAUAAUGUUAUAGAUUACACCGCGAUCCAUCAUCCGGAAAAGAAAGGGGUGUUGAAAAAUUUCAAGUUCCCAUUUUUUUUCCGUAAUAAGACCACCACCUCGAUGACGCCGAAAAAAGAUGGCAAGAAAAAAACUGUGAAGCGAUCGAAAGUUAGUAAUUUUAGAGAAUCGGUGACGGUGGAUGGGCAGAACCUAGGUCUUGAAAGUUUAUACGGAAUAGAGUUGAAAAAUGUGUUCAAUAAAAAUAAGCGGUCAUACAACGCACUUGUCAUGUGCCCCGCGUGUAGGAAAAAGUAUGAAGAUAGUCUUAAAACCUUCCCCAAAACGCGACAACUCUCUGAACCAAUACUUCACAAUUGUAGGCAAUAUUUUCAAAAUGCCGCUGCCGAGGAAAAGAAGAAAGUACCAAAAAUUGUGUACUCGCAACCUGAAGAUAGAUUCAGAAGACAACAACCAGAAGACAAAGAGAGACAAAUGAAGGAAAUUGAAGAAGUUGCAAGAAAAAUAGAGAGUGUUACAGUUGAUUAUCCUAUGAAAAAGAAAGUGACCAUUGGAACUAUAAAUCCUACGUUGAUGAAAUAAACAAACAAAAUAUAUUUGUUACCGCGACAACAUUGUUAUUAAAUGUAUUAAACUAAGCAAUACACGUUUUACAUUUCAUUAGA